AUGUAUGGUCAACAAGCCUACCCUGCCUUCUCCUUUAACCAUGGGCUUCUUCAGGAGGGUUUUGGAGGCUACCCUCCUUACCCCCAGCAGUACUACCACUUUUCAGCAGGGAAACUUGAUAAUGUGGACUUGGGAGGACAACCCAACGGUGAAGGAACGGCUCAGGUGAUGUCUUGGAAUCCUUUGGCUCAGUUUGAGUUCCAUAAUCACAUGAAUUCCUAUGAACAGCCUCCCCAGCCCAGGGAGCAGAGUCCGGCCAAAGUGGAGGCCAAGAGCAUCAAGGAAGAAUCUGAUUAUGAUUCGGAGUCCAAAGAGGAGUCUGUGGCUGAGAAGUUCUCCCCAGCACCCAAUCUUCCGGAGCCCCAAUUUUCCAACAGCUGGACUUCUCCUUACUGGCCGGGGGCCUCCACCACAACGGCCUCCAACUCAAGCCCCCCAUUGCCCAGCCAACACCUCCCCAAACCCCCCAGUGCACAGGACUCUACUACCUACCCCACAGGGGCAAACCACAGCCCCCAAACCCCUGCGGAGUGCGAGGUGACCAGCCUGGAGAGCAGCCGCUGCGGCAGUGCCAACGUUACGAGCAGGGGGACCGAGGAAGCCUAUGACGGGAAGGGCUCCUUCACCCAAUAUAUCAUCCGGACCUACGGGAACAUGUCUGAUGUGGAGGAGGAAACACCGACUGAAGUGGAGAUGGAGCAGUUUGCCAAAGAGUUAAAGCACAAGCGGGUGUCGCUGGGCUACACGCAAGCUGACGUGGGAUAUAUGCUGGGCAUUAUUUUUGAUAAACUAUUCAGUCAGACGACGAUCUGCCGGUUCGAAUCCUUACAGCUGAGCUAUAAGAAUAUGUGCCAACUGAAGCCUCUCCUCAGUCACUGGCUGGUUGUGGCUGAAAAGUACGACAAUCUCCUCGAGUUGCUUACGAAGGAGCAAUCGCUCAUUCACACAAGGAAAAGGAAGAGGAGGACAAACAUCGAGGCUGUCGUGAAAGCGCACCUGGAGAAAUAUUACAUGAAAUGCCCCAAACCGUCCGCUCAGGAGAUGAGUCAGAUGGCAAAAGAUCUAAAAAUCGGAAAGGAGGUUGUAAGGAUAUGGUUCUGUAACCGGAGACAGAAGGAGAAACGCGAGGGGGACGCGCACUCCGCAGCCAACCCCAAAGAAGCUUACGAAGUUGGGGUCCAGCCUUUAUUACCCCACUCGCCCUACGGUCUGCCCCAAGGAAUGGCCUCCCAGGGUUACUUGGCUGCCCCUCUGUCGUCCUCGCCUGGAAUCUACGCCUCCGCGUUUCACAAGAAUGAUUCGUUCCACCAGUCGAUCGGCCAUAUGGUGCCCAUGGGGAACCAGCUGUGUUAA